CGUCGCGGCCGUCCGUACCGUAUGGGUCCACCAUCACGGAAUACCAACAAAGACGUCGCGUCGGUGUGUCAGGUGGGAAUUUUCGCUAUUUAAAUACCCACAGGACCAUCUUAGAACCAUCAUUUGAUCAAAGUUUGUGUUUUAAUCAACAUGAAACCGUUUCUGCUAUUGUCGGCGCUAGUCGCACUCGCAAGUGCCCGCCCUGAGGCCGGGUAUAGCUACAGCCCCCCAAGCACCUCGUAUGGCACCCCAUCUAGCGGUGGAGGAGGCGGAUUCGGUAGCUCCGGAGGCGGUGGUGGAUUUGGAGGAGGCGGUGGAUUUGGCGGAGGUGGCGGUUUCGGAGGUGGAUCCGGAGGUGGAUUCGGAGGAGGCGGCGGUUUCGGAGGUGGUUCCGGAGGUGGAUUUGGAGGCGGUGUAGGAGGAGGAUUCGGAGGCGGCGGCGGCGGCGGUGGUGGAUUCGGUGGCGGAUUCGGUGGUGGAUUCGGAGGAGGCGGCGGUACCACAAUCCAAAAACACAUCUACGUCCACGUACCCCCACCAGAACCCGAAGAGUUCAGACCACAAAGACCCAUCUCAGUCGGCCAAGCCCAGAAACACUACAAGAUCAUUUUCAUUAAGGCACCGAGCGCACCUGCUCCAACUGCUCCAGUGAUCCCUGUUCAGCCACAGAACGAAGAGAAGACCUUGGUUUACGUUUUGGUCAAGAAACCGGAAGAAGCACCAGAAAUCAAUAUUCCUACUCCUGCACCGACUCAACCCAGCAAACCAGAGGUUUACUUCAUCAGAUACAAGACCCAGAAGACAUCAUCCGGAGGAGGAGGCGGUGGUGGCGGAUUCGGUGGUGGAUUCGGAGGUGGCGCCGGAGGUGGAUCUGGAGGCGGAUUCGGAGGCGGCAUUGGCGGAGGAAUCGGCGGAGGAAUCGGAGGUGGUAUCGGCGGUGGCAUUGGAGGCGGAAUCGGCGGAGGUGAUAUUGGCGGAGGAAUUGGUGGUGGCAGUGGAGGAGGCAUUUCCUCAAGCUACGGACCUCCAGGCAAAUCCGGCCCAUACUAACCUGCUGCUGAUGUUACCUGAGCUGCAUUCCUUUAGCGUUACGUCCCGAACCACGACGUUUCAUCACUUAAGCAUCACUCAUCAGUAUUACAGUCGUCGUGACCCGUAAAAUCUGCCGUGAUUCCGGAUGUUCCGUUACCGAAUGGGCCAGUUUCUAAUCGUUAUUUAGUGAUUUUACUUUUAAAUUUUUGCUAUAUAUUUUUUAUUUGAAAAUAUUUCGCAAAAUGUUCGUCGCCCGGGUACUCGGUAGAAAUAUCCAUUUCCAUGUUUUCAAGACUUAAAAGUCGCCGUAUGUAUAAAAUUUUGCCUUAUGGAUGUGGGCAUUUUCUACUGGCAGCCGGGCGGUUUUGUACAUAGUAAAUGCAUUUCGUAUAUUAUGAUUAUUUUUUUAUAUUUUAUAUUUUUGUAUAUUAUAUUUUUUCGUGAUAAAAAUACGGUGACAAAUGAAAUAUAUUUUUAAGUUUAAA